AUGGCCUCCGCCACCACCAUCUUUCGCCUCUUCGCGUUCUCCGUUGCUUUCCGUCAAGCGACUGCUGCCUUCAGCCUCGAUACUUCUGGCCCUAGUUGGGACUAUACAACCAAGGAUUUAGCAGACACGACAUCGCAGGCUUGCAAGGACGCCUACAGCGCCAGCAUCAACUGUGAUGAUACCCUUCUCAAGCUCGUGGCGUCUAUGGAUCCCGACUUCGACCCACAAGCUUCGGACUUCGAGGCUAUGUGCACCACGACAUGCAGUGAUUCAUUGACCCAGUAUAUCAAGAACGUCAAUGCUGCGUGUAACAAGGAUGGUGAUCUAGCUGGGCUUGCUGAUGGGAAUUCGUUGGAUUAUUCGGCUCCCGUGGCCACCGUGGGCGAGGUUUUCCAGUAUAAAUACAGCCAAGGUUGUGCCAAGAGCGGGUCCGAAUACUGCUUCUUGAGCAAUGAGGACUCAACCAACUUCCCAUGUGACGACGAGUGUGCAGUCCAGUUUUACCAGAACGCACAUGAACAACCUGGUUCGGGAUAUUUCUUCAGCUACUUUGUUAUUGGUACCCAAUCUUCGUGGUGGGAGGAAAACUUUGCUAGUGGUUGGAAAAGAGUGGUCCAAUGCGGCGAUGGUGGAAGCAAUGCUACCUCCGUUAGCACGAGCGCAAGUUCAACAAAUACUGAUGCUGCUAGCACUACAUCUUCGACCGGCUCAACUGACGGUAAAGCGGCUAUUUCUACGACCACAACAUCAACUAAAGCGAUGACAACGGCCGCAUCAACUCGGUCUGCCUCUGAGGCUACUUCAAGCACAGCCACCAGUGGCGCUUCGAGGCUUAGAGCUCCCUUCCUUCUUUUUUAA